CUAAAAUAAAAAACGCUGACAAUUUAUAUAUACGUAUAAGUAUACAUAUACAUAACACGGUUCUCUAUGAAGAAAAGUCUUUUUCUAUUCAAUUCGGUGCAAGCCUGACGUUUCUUUUAUCUGUUAUAUUUAUUGAUAGGUGAGAAUUGGGAAUUAUUCCAAUUAAAAAAAAAAAAAUCCUGCGGCGUUGUUUAAUUCAAUCGGUGGAUUUGGUAUUUGAAAAAAAAAAAUCUUGAGGAAUUCGCGGAACUCCGUUUUCGAAUUGGAAGUCUGAGGAUUUAAUGGAUACCAAUAACUGGAGGCCUACUCCUCCAAGUGGAGAGCCCACCAUGGACACAGGUGAUUGGAGAACCCAGUUGCCGCCCGAUUCACGACAAAGAAUUGUCAACAAGAUAAUGGAUACGUUGAAGAGGCAUCUUCCAUUUUCUGGCCAAGAUGGUUUAGAUGAACUCAGGAAAAUUGCAGUAAGGUUCGAGGAAAAGAUUUUUACGGCAGCAACCGGCCAGCCUGAUUAUCUAAGGAGAAUAUCAUUGAAGAUGCUUACGAUGGAGACCAAGUCUCAGAAUACUAUACCCAAUACUGGGAAUAACAGCAAACCCCCUGAUCCAGGUUCUCAGGGUAUGCAGAACCAAGUUCACAGUCAAGGACCAUCAGUUCCUAUCCCAUUACAAAGUAAUCAGUCUCAAGCACGUCAGCAACUGUUACCACAGAAUGUUCCAACUAACAUGGCAUCUGCUGGAGUUCAAAGUUCUGCUGGUUUUCAAGCUGGAAUGCCUUCUGUCUCUAGUCUUACACAGAAUCCUAUUCCUAAUGUUGUUGGCCAGAAUUCCAACAUGCAGAGCAUGUCUGGAAUUUCACAGAACUCCCUGGGGCAAGGGGUGCCUUCCAAUAUUUUUGCUAAUCAGCAGAGGCAAAUGCAAGGAAGGCAACAAGUGCUUCCGCAACAGCAACAACAACAACAACAGCAGCAGCAGCAGCAGCAACAACAACAGCAGCAGCAGCAGCAUCUGUACCAUCAUCAACUUAUGAAGCAAAAGAUUCAACAGGGAAGUCUCCAACCCUCACUUAUGCAGCCUCACAUGCAGCAACAACAGCAGAAAAACCUGUUACCAGCUGCUCAGCUGCAAUCUUCCCAGCAAUCUGGUAUGCAAACAUCAUCUAUCAUGCAGCCAUCUUCCCUGUCAUCAACUACUCUUCCUGGUCUUCAACAGAGUCAGCAAUCUUCUAUGCAGCAGCUUCAGCAGCAUCAACAGUCAGUCCUUAGACAGCAGCAACAGCCACAACAGGCUGCCAGUAGUGGUAUUCAUCAACAACAAACACCAAUGACACAGCAAUCAAUGAUGCCUCAGCAGCAGCAGCCAUACAUAAUGGGACAACAGACAAAUGCUGCAAAUAUACAGCAGAAUCAGUUAAUUGGACAGCAAAACAGCAUUGGGGACAUUCAGCAGCAGAGAUUGCUAGGCCAGUCUAGUAAUCUGUCAAACCUGCAGCAACAACAGCAGCAGCAGUUAAUGGCUCAACAAAACAAUCUUUCAAAUAUACAUCAGCAACAGUUGGGUCCUCAGAGUAAUAUUUCAGGAUUACAGCAACAGCAGCAGCAGCAAUUGAUUGGAACCCAGUUGGGUAACUCAAGCAUGCCAACUAAUCAGCAAUCUUUACACAUGCUACCCCAGCCAAAGCAUCCACUCCAACAAACACAGGAGAGUGCACCUAAUUUGUUACCGACUCAAGGACAGAUGUCUCAGCAACCACAGCAGCAGCACCAGCAGCAACUGAUGUCGCAGAUGCAAUCACAGUCUACACAAUUGCAGCAACAGUUGGGUUUGCAACAACAGCCCAAUCAAUUACGACAAAAUAUGCAGCAGAGGCUUCAAGCAUCAGGUCAAGCAACAAGUUCCUUACUUCAAUCACAAACUUUAAUAGAUCAGCAAAAGCAGUUGUAUCAAUCACAGAGAGCUGUUCUGGAGACAUCAUCGACGUCCUUAGAUUCUACAGCUCAAACAGGACAUGCAAAUGGGGGUGAUUGGCAAGAAGAGGUCUAUCAGAAGAUCAAGACCAUGAAAGAGACAUACUUCACUGAAUUAAAUGAGAUGUACCAUAAAAUUGAUGCCAAGUUGCAGCAGCAUGAUUCUCUUCCACAGCAACCAAAGUCAGAGCAGCUUGGCAAGUUGAGAAAUUUUAAAACCAAGUUGGAGCAAAUUUUAACCUUCUUAUCAGUUUCCAAAGCCAGUAUCUCACCCCUUGUCAAGGAUAAGUUGAGUUCCUAUGAGAAGCUCAUAAUAUAUUUUAUAAAUAUCAAUAGGCCAAGGAAGCCUGUCUCACUGCUGCAUCAAGGACAGCUUCCUCCACCUCAUAUGCAUUCCAUGCAGCAGCCACAACCUCAAAUUAAUCAUACACAGCCUCAUGAUAAUCAAAUGAACCCUCAGUUGCAUUCCAUAAAUUUACAAGGUUCUGUGCCAACAUUGCAGUUGAACAACAUGACAAGUUUGCAGCAUAAUUCUUUGUCUUCUUUACCUGGGGUUUCAACAGCACAGCAGACCAUGUUAAAUUCGCUGCAGCCUGGUUCCAAUUUGGAUUCAGCACAAGGUAAUGCCCUAGGCUCAAUGCCGCAGGUUGCUCCAGGAUCUUUACAACCGAAUCCUGUUAGUACCUCCCAACAGGCAAAUAUGAACAGUUUGUCAUCACAAAGUGGGUUAAGUGUUCUGCAGCAAAACAUGAAUCCUCUUCAGUCAAAUUCCAACAUGCUUCAGCACCAGCAUCUGAAACAACAGGAGCAGCAAAUGCUUCAGUCACAAAAGAACAAACAGAUUCAACAGCACCAGAUGCAGCACCAAUAUAUGCAGCAGAAGCAGCUGUUACUGCAACAACAACAGCAACAACCGCAACAACAUCAGCAGCAGCAGCCGCAACAGCAAGCAAAGCAACAGCUACCCACACAAUUGCAGACACACCAGAUGUCACAGCUGCAUCAGAUGAAUGAUGUAAAUGAUAUGAGGCAGGGAAUGGGUGUUAAGCCAGGGGUCUUUCAACAACAUCUCACAGCAGGUCAACGUCAACCUUGUACCCAUCAACAGUUGAAACCAGGUGCUCAAUUUCCUAUUUCUUCACCUCAGCUCCUUCAGGCUGCAUCUCCUCAGAUGCCUCAACUCUCUUCCCCACAGGUUGAUCAGCAAAGCCUGCUAGCAUCUAUGUCAAAAACUGGAACCCCUUUGCAAUCUGCAAACUCUCCUUUUGUUGUUCCUUCACCUUCACCUCCCUUGGCUCCAUCACCUAUGCCUGGGGAAUCUGAAAAACCUGUUCCAGGCACUUUCACUCUCUCAAAUGCUGCAAAUGUUGGACAUCAGCAAGGAACUGGUGUUCAAGCAGGCUCCCAGUCGCUUGCAAUUGGCACUCCUGGGAUAUCAGCCUCCCCUCUGCUAGCAGAGUUCACUGGUGCAGAUGGUAAUCAUGCUAAUGCUUUGACAACAGUUUCUAGCAAGUCAAACAUCACAGAGCAGCCUCUUGAACGUUUAAUGAAGGCAGUUAAAUCCAUGUCACCUAUAGCAUUGAGUGCAUCUGUAAGUGACAUUGGCUCAGUUGUCAGCAUGACUGACAGGAUAGCAGGGUCAGCUCCUGGUAAUGGGUCUAGAGCUGCUGUUGGUGAGGAUCUGGUUGCCAUGACAAAGUGUCGUCUGCAAGCAAGAAAUUUCAUCACUCAAGAUGGAAUGAGUGGGACAAAGAAAAUGAGGCGCUACACUAGUGCCAUGCCUCUAAAUGUUGUAUCAUCUGCAGGCAGUGUAAAUGAUAGUUUCAAACAAUUAACUGGUUCAGAGACAUGUGACUUGGAGUCAACUGCAACAUCUAAUGUUAAGAGGCCAAGAAUUGAGGCUAAUCAUGCUCUUUUGGAAGAAAUAAGGGAAAUAAACCGACGACUAAUAGACACAGUGGUUGAGAUCAGUGAUGAAGAUGUUGAUCCAGGUGCAGCAGCAGCAACUGCUGAAGGGGGUGAAGGCACCAUUGUCAAGUGCUCUUUCAGCGCUGUGGCUCUCAAUUCAAACUUGAAAUCACAGUACAUGUCAGCACAGAUGUCACCGAUUCAGCCCUUGCAUUUGCUAGUCCCAACAAAUUAUCCAAAUUGUUCACCAAUCCUAUUAGACAAGUUUCCAGUUGAAGUCAGGUUUGAACCAUUGUCAUGGACCUGAUAUUGACGGAGGAUGGAAAGAAGCUAGUUGAAGGAUUAAAACUAUUUAGUACUUUGUUUCUUUAUUAUAGCUUAUGGGUUUAAUUGUAGCUUUUAUAUAUAUUUAGGUUAUUUUAUUGUACUAUUAAUUAUGUUUUCACUUAUUUUCCUAGUGUUAGGGCUUAUGGGUUAUAUUUGGUAUAUUAUAUUUCUACAAGGGUUUAGGAUUUAGUUAUAAAUACCUAUGUUUUAAUUUUGAGUGGGCUUGGAUUUGUGAGUUAUUGAGAUAUUGGUAUUUUGAUUAUUUUGGAGAUUGUCAUUUUGAAUCUUUGAUUAUUGAUAUUCGAGAAGUUUAAUAAUGAUAUUCAUAUUAUUUUCUUGAGUGAUUAGUUUAAUCCUUCAACUAACUUCUUUCACAUUAAGUUUCAGUUUCUUGUUGUCUUUACCUAAAUCUGUUAAUUGAUUUAAUUGCUGAGUGAGUCAUUUUGACUGGUUAGUCAGUGCAGUAACUUUGAUUUCAAUGGUACUUGUUAAUUAUAUAUGACUUAAACUAAAUUUUAGGUUUUUUGGUGUUCUAGUAGAAUUUGUUAGUAGUUAUGAGCAUUUGGCUUAGGGUUAUGCUGGUUAAGAGCAAGUUGGUUUGAGUCUAAACGUCUAAUAUUGAUAUUUUCGCUUGAAAAUUAAUUU